UGUCCGGCGUCCUGCCAUGCUGGGACUGUAACGCAUUUCGGAUCCCUGGUCUGUCUUCUUGCGCUCCUGAGUCAUGGCUCCGUUUGGGAAAAACUUCCUGAAAGCUCGACUGAAAAACAGGACAAAAGAUGCAGAGCCUGUGGUAGGAAAGGAGAUUCAAGUUACUGUCUGCAAUGAAGAAAAGGUUGUGUGUGGAGUUACAAAGCACACAACUUGUGCAGAUAUGAUUCAGGCAUUGCUGGAGGAUCACAAGUCAGUCCCAGAGAGCAAGCAGCUCCUACACGGGGAACCCAAAGACUUCUGUCUCGUCGAGCGGUGGAAAGGCUUUGAGAGGGCUUUGCCUCCUCUCACCAGAAUCCUGAGACUCUGGUAUGCUUGGGGUGACCAGAGACCCUUCAUCCAGUUUAUUCUAGUCAAAACCAGUGACUUUGUGCCUCAGCCUGCUAAGAAGGUUGUAAAGCCCAAAGGGGCCAAGCCAAAGCGAUGGGAGCACGGUCGCCCUCAGUAUCCCCAGUCUCUGCCGGUGGAGAAGCAAAAACGUAUGGUAAAGAAAGCUUUCCGGAAGCUGGAGAAACUUCACAAAGAGAGCAGAAGCUCGCCGGGAGCUGACGAGAUUGACCGGAUGGUGCAGCUUAUCCUCAACCAGGACCACACAAUCAGGGAGCAGAUCCAGCGGAUGAGGGACCUGGAUUUGGAGAUUGAGCAGUUGGAUUUGCACGUGCCAGGGGAAGCUGAGUCUGAGAGUUCACUGGAUCAGGCCUGUGGUCUGAAUUUGGAGGCGCACAGUGAAGAGCAGCUGCAUGAGUACUUGUACACCAGUGAUGGGGUGGAACAGCUGGAGGUGCAAGUUCAGAGGCACCAGGAGCUCAUCCUCCAGCUGUCCAGGGAUAUUGACGCUGAGCUGAGGAGGGCCAGCUUCUCUCCGUUCCAAGAGGAGGGCGGUGAGCAGGAAGGAGCGGCGGCUGCUCCCUGGAUCCCCUCUGACACAGACGAAUCUUUCUACAUUGCUGAACUCGGCAGACUGCAGGACGAACUGAAACACAGCCUCUUUGCCGGCGUGUCUCUUCACAACCAAGCUGCAGAAAUAGACAAGCAGCUGAAGCACUUUGACAGUACGCUGGUUUCCAAAGACCAGGAGUGCUGGCAGCUGGCUGCCCAGCUGAACUCACUGCAAAUCGGGGACAGUAUAGAGGAGAAGAAGCCCAUACCUGCACCUCUGAAAUGUGAGACUCAGUGCAGCGUCUCCCAGACAGUGAAACUCAAACACAGUCUGUCCCCUCUAGACGUUACAGACACAGACUCAGACACUGGGAUUAGCUCCACACACAGUCAGGACUCUCUGUCACCAUGUCUUGACUUCCCUCCCCCGCUGGACACAGAUGUUUGAGGAACCAGUCUGACCCUGCAAUUUAAUGUUCUAUAGGCACCAGCAGUUUGUGCCUCUCAUAUGUUGCCAUUAUGUUUUAAUCAUAGAGCAGUCUGAAAGACAACAGGCAUUGUAAAAUAACUUGGACUAUAAAUGCUGGUGCUAUGCAGCUCUGUUUCAUGAUAUUUACUUACAACUACACAAGCAAACAUUACAUUCAAUGAAACACAAUAGGUCAGUUACCUAGAAAUAUAACGGUGUUGAUUGAAAUGAAAAUUACUAGCAACUUUUUAAAUAAUCAAUCAGCUGUUUAGGCUUUUUUUUUAAUGCCAAACCUUCUUUGGUUUUAGCUUCACUACUUUUUCAUCAUAGUGGGUAAAAACAGGCAACUUCAGAAUGUCACCUCGAGUUCUGAUAAAUUAAAAUGAGUAUUUUUGAUUGUUACAACGUGUUGUUAAAUUUUUUUUUAUUUUUUUUAAAGACUUUGUUCUUGCAAAGAUGGUAGCUAGAGCUAAAAUAUCUCUUUGCUUAUUUGGAAUUAUUUUUUCAAUAUAUUUAUUUUUUGAGUGUUUUUCUUGAUGUGAUGUGUCAUUUUUAGAUAAGACAAUGAGUCACAUCUUAAAGAAGAGGUUUAAAAUAAUUAGCUGUUUGUUUGUUUGUUUGUUUUUUCAAUCUAAUGGACAGAAGAUUUUUUUGGAUGAAACACCAUCAACAUCCAUGUCCACAGUUGUUAAAUUAUCAUCUGAGUUUUUGAGAUUCUUAGGCUUGAUUGUAAAAUGAAACAGUACAUGCAGGACAAAAACGGGAGCUAUGUACGCACAAACUGCAAUCGGCCAGUUUUCUCUUUUUUAAGUGUAAACAUUUUAUGUCAAUAAAGUUGUAAAGACUAUUCCCUGUGCUGCACCAGGUUUAGGACCUUUAAAAAAAAAAAAAAAGUCUUACGUGUCUAUAACAGUCUCAUUAGAUAGAGGUGAAUGUAUGUUUUCUGGCCUGCCUCAAGUUCUUAAGCUAUUUAUUAAGCUGCACUUGUUUGUACAGUCAUCAGUCUAUUAACAAUGUUUUAUAUUAAAACAAAUAGCUAAAUGUUUGGAUGUAGAAUUUGUUUAAAAAAACUAUUUGAAACAUUCCUCCUGACUAUGCUGUAAAUACAUUCGCUGUUUAAAUAUUGUAAAUAAUUCUUAUGACACAAGCACAAUUUUUAAAGAUCAUUUGAUUUUUAAGAAAAUAAGAAAAGCUAUUUAUCAUGCAAUUUUAUUUAACAGAUGGGAUUAAAAUAUCACACAUCUGCCACCACAUUUGCUACCUAAAAUAAAUCACAAUACCUGUA